UACAUGCAGGAAGAAGAGCUAGUUGAUGGAAAAGUUGAUUGGAAAGGAAGAAGAGCUGUGAGACAUAAACAUGGGGGAAUGAAAGUUUCUUUGGUCAUACUAGGGGCGUUUGCGCUUGAGAACAUGGCAACUUUUGCACUAGCAGUGAACUUUGUGUCAUACUUCGUUGGUUUCAUGCAUUAUGAACUAGCAGAUGCAGCUAACAUGGUAACCAACUUCAUGGGGGUUUGUUACAUGCUCUCCAUUGUCGUAGCCGUUUUUGCUGAUACAUGGAUUGGAAGACACAAAUCCGUUCUUAUUUCUGGCUGCUUUGAGUUUUUGGGACUGGCGUUACUCACAGUACAAGCACAUUACCCUAACCUAAAACCAGCCAUAUGCAACCUCUAUGACAAAAAUGCAGUGUGUGAAAAAAUUAGUGGCAACCAUGAAGCUUUUCUCUUGAUUGGUCUCUACUUGUUGGCCUUUGGUAGUGCAGGCUUGAAAGCUUCUCUGCCAGCACAUGGUGCUGACCAGUUUGAUGAAAAAGAUCCCAAAGAAACAAGACAAAUGUCCAGCUUCUUUAAUGGUCUCUUGCUUGCAAUUUGCGUUGGUGGUUCUGUCAGCUUAACUUUUAAUGUAUGGAUACAAGACAACAAAGGAUGGGAUUUGGGUUUGGGAAUCUCCACCAUUGCUAUUGUCUUUGCUAUGAUCACCUUUGCCUUUGGAUUACCACUAUACCGGAUUCAUGUUGCACAAAGAACUAAUCCAAUUGUUGAGAUACUGCAGGUAUACAUUGCUGCAAUUCGCAACAGAAAUCUGUCCCUUCCUGCUGACUCUGGAGAACUAUAUGAAAUUGAACAGGACAAAGAAGCUUUAAUGGAAAUAGAGUAUCUACCUCAUAGAGACAUUUACAGGUUCUUGGACAAAGCAGCCAUAGAAAGAAAAUCUGAUGUACAACUUGAAAAGCAAGAGAAUCCAAGCCCAUGGAAACUAUGCAGAGUUACACAAGUAGAAAAUGCCAAAAUAUUUCUAAGCAUGAUCCCAGUAUUCUUCUGUACAAUCAUAAUGACUCUUUGCUUAGCACAGCUUCAAACCUUUUCAGUCCAACAAGGCUUCACAAUGGACACAAGAAUCACCAAACAUUUCAACAUCCCACCAGCAUCCUUACCAAUCAUCCCAGUUGUUUUCUUAAUCUUUAUAAUCCCUUUCUACGACCGAAUCUGCGUGCCACUUCUCCGUAAAUUCACUGGCAUACCAACCGGCAUUACUCACUUGCAGCGAAUAGGCGUUGGCCUAAUACUAUCCUGCAUCUCGAUGGCAAUCGCGGCAAUCAUAGAAGUGAAAAGAAAAAAUGUAGCUAGAGAUAAUAACAUGCUUGAUGCUGUUCCAGGAGUUCAACCAUUACCUUUGAGUAUAUUUUGGCUUUCUUUUCAGUACUUUGUAUUUGGUAUAGCUGAUAUGUUUACCUAUGUGGGACUUCUUGAGUUCUUCUAUUCAGAAGCACCAAAAGGGCUUAAAUCUACUUCAACAUGCUUUCUUUGGAGCUCUAUGGCACUUGGCUAUUUUCUAAGCAGCAUUAUGGUGCAAAUUGUGAAUAGUGCUACCAAGAAUGUUACUGCAAGUGGUGGAUGGUUGGCAGGGAACAAUAUUAACAGAAACCAUUUGAAUCUGUUCUACUUGUUGCUUUCUUUACUGAGCUUGAUCAAUUUCUUUGUCUAUUUGGUAGUUUCAAAGAGGUACAAGUAUAGGCCUCAAGGUCAUGCAAUUAAAGGUGUGGAUUCUCAAUAGAGAAUAUAUGAUUAACAAGUAGUAAGUGUAAAAUUUGUGGGCUAUGCUUUUUUUAUUUGUAAAAGGCUUAAUGAUGUGAUUAGUCCUUACAAUUAGGGGUCGUUUAAAAAUUCGUCCCUGUAAUUGUUAAUCCUGGCAAUUUAGCCUUGCAAUUGUUAAUC